AUGGCCUCUUACGACUCCGACCACGAACUCGACGACUCGUACUAUCAGGCAACCCACCAACCACCCUCAUCAUCACGCUUUCCCCGCCUCUCCCGGCCCCUCAUCGACUCUGCUCGCAACGGCUGGCAAUCUAGUCCGGCAUACCAUUUCCUCUCCUCCUCGCCUGACAACACCAAAGACCCGGACUGGGUACAAAUCGGCCGGUCCGUCAUCUCCGCGCCGCGCUUCCGACGCUACGUGGUCAUCUACCUCGUCCUAUUCCUGCUGGGCUGGGCAGGGUGGGGAUUCAUUUUAUACCCUCUUCUCGAAGAGCGCAGCACCUUGCUACGUUCGCUAGAUCCGAUGUCCAAGGCGGAAGCCGGUGGGUGGUUUGGCACCAACUCGCCUCCUCGGUUCGACGACUUGAUUCAAAUUCGUACCCUGGAUCCAUCGCUGGUGCCUGUGGCCCGUACUGAGGGAGAGUCGAGAGGGGCGAGGAGCGAGAAGCGGUUGGUCGUGGUGGGAGAUGUGCAUGGGUGCAAGAAAGAGUUGGAGGAACUACUCAAGAAGAUCGAAUUCUCCACAACGGAUGGUGAUCAUCUUAUUCUUACAGGGGAUAUAAUCAACAAAGGGCCCGACAGUGCCGGGAUUGUGGACCUCGCUCGCGAGCUUGGUGCCUCGUGUGUACGCGGCAACCACGAGGACCGCAUCCUGCUUCUCCGACAUGAGAUGGUAGCGAUGAACACCCUUUCUACCGGUGACGAGAAGAGCGUCAAACUACACGAGCCCUCCGAGAAGGAAGCUAAAGAGCGUGCACUGGCCCGCUCUCUGAGCGACGAGCAAACGCAGUGGCUUAACUCGUGCCCGGUCAUUUUGAAUGUUGGCUUAAUUCCGGGAAUGGGCCAAGUAGUUGUUGUGCAUGGAGGUCUGGUCCCGGGGGUGGAGCUUGAAAAGCAGGACCCGUCAACCGUGAUGACCAUGCGAACCAUUGACAUCGACACCCAUGUACCCAGCGAGUCGAGCGAGGGUGUGAAGUGGGCUAAGUUGUUUGACAAACACCAGUCUAUCCUCUACUCGAGCCUCAAAUCUUCACACGCAGACCCUCGCUCUCAAACAAUGACUGUUAUCUACGGCCACGACGCUAAAACAGGCCUCAAGAUCCGGACACAUACGAAGGGUCUGGACACGGGAUGUGUUAAAGGCGGUAAAUUGACUGCCUUGGUCAUUGAGGAUGGCGGCAAGCAAAGCCUCGUGCAAGUGAACUGCCGCGACUACUCCGAGGACAAGAAAGACAAAAAGGAUAAGCAGCACAAAUAA